CAGAUCCCAGACAAUUCCACACUUUAUUGUCUCCCUCUCAACUCUACAUAAUUUUCUCAGUGUCGUACUCGAGGCCACUAGUUUUAUAGGCCUCUCAUCCGCAUCUCAGCCGUUGUUCGUAGAAACUUUACAACCCCCAACAAUGGCUUCAAGAUCCCCAACAGAUGACCAGCGUCUCCUCGACUUUCGCAAUGCCACAAAUUUCCGCUCAGUCAAGCGUGCAGAUCCUUCGAUCAUUGCGAUAUUGGAGACAUCAGUGUACUCUGUGAUUUAUCACUAUGAUGAGAGGAGUGGAAGAUGGGAGAAGCAGAAGCAGGAGGGACCCCUGUUUGUCGUGAAACGCGAGAAGAGUCCAGAGUAUCUUCUGUACAUGCUUAACAGGCAGACGGUGAAGAAUCCUGCAAUUCCGCUGGUACCAGGAGAAAUGAAAUUGACAGCGCUUGAUGAUGGAAUGCUGCAAGUGGCCCGCAGAGGGGACAAGACAAGGAUAGGUGUAUGGUUUAGCGAAGGACAUGACAUUGUUCAAAAGUUCAGAGCCACCAUCCUAGGCAUCGUUGGAGAACCGUCAAAGCGCCCAGAAGCCUCUUUUUCACCAACGCCCCAAGCACCGCAGUCUGCUCCAUCAACAGCUGCUCCCGCCGAAGACGGCCUGAGCAAGCUCUUUGCUGGACUCAUGAAACCGUCGACUGCCCAGCCGUCAGUUCCACAACAGUCCAUAUCGUCUCAGCAGGACAAUGUGUAUCCGACCUCAGUGGCAGUCCCAGUGAGCCAGCCAAUCAUCCCAAGCCCUGCUCCUGCGCUUGCACCCGUGCCCCCACCAACUCAACCGACAGUGAACAUUGAAGCUUCUGUCUCUGUCCCUCUUGCUUUUGCUGCUGCCCCAGUAGCUGCUCCAGCGCCCGCCGCUUCAGAACCUACUAAAUACGAGACGGCCGACGACCUUUUGGCAAGUAUCCUUGGUACUGCUCCUCCUGCACCCAUCAUCAAAUCUUCUUCCAUCGCCCAACAAACCGUGCCCCAGCAGCCUCCCGCUGCGUCUGCACAAUACCGUCAGGUUUCACCACUAUCUUACGGUAGCGCCCCUACCCCUAUUCACCAAGCAACCUCACCUGCAAGGGCUUAUACUCCUCAACAGCAAGCUUAUGGGCAACAAGCAAAUGAGUUGACUUCGCCUGUGCAGCAGCCUUUAGCUGAAAGUCAUGUCCGUAAAUCUUCCAAGGUCGGAGAUGCUACCUUUGCACAAGCCGCACAGGCCGCAGCGGCUAACUCUGCGCUCACUUCUAACCCUCCUAUGCACGCUCUUUCCUCUAGUAGUCAUUAUUCUGCUUCUAAUGACCAGGUCCAGGCCCAAGGACAGUCUCACGCUCGCUCACAUUCUCAGACGUCUCCAAAGUAUUCAAGCUACCAGUCUUACCAGCCUAUCCAACGCGCUUACCAGCGCACGUCAACACCCAGCUCUUAUCGUAACGGCGCAGAAUCUCGUACUUUCAUGGCGGAAGCCAUGGUAGAUGCGACUGUGCACAAGGAACAGAAUGAUGAUGUGAGGAUUUGGGGGAUCGAGUUGGAUGCCAAGAAGAGAAAGUUGGAGUUUAGGAGGAGGUUGGUCGAUUUGAUGAUGACGGAUGAGAUGUUUGUCGAUAAUGUCUGGGUUGCAUAUCUCGAGAGGAUGUCUGCUAUUCGGUCAUCCAAUAGUGGCCAGUGGAAUGAGGGAUAGUCUGGCUGAGUUUUGCAGUUGAUCGUAUGGGAUGGAAUCGUGAUGAAGAGGAUAAAAUACACAGCGACAUCUCUCGAGGCAUGAUAGUAAUCUUGUGAUAUCUUAACAUGCAUCAUCGGUGGU